AAAAGCGAAAGUGAGCAGCCAGCGAGGGCUGCCGGGAAAGGCGCGGCGUCGGCAGGAAGGGUGUGUGCCUAUUUGGAGCAGAAGGCAGGCAGCAGGUCCUGGGAAGGCAGACUCUCUAGGCGUGAAGAUGUUCUUUACUUGUGGCCCCAAUGAAGCCAUGGUUGUCUCGGGUUUCUGCCGCAGCCCCCCAGUGAUGAUUGCUGGGGGCCGGGUAUUUGUGGUACCGUGUAUACAACAGAUCCAGAGGAUCUCACUUAACACACUGACCCUGAAUGUGAAGAGUGAGAAAGUUUACACCCGGCAUGGAGUCCCCAUUUCAGUCACUGGCAUCGCACAGGUGAAGAUCCAGGGCCAGAACAAGGAGAUGCUGGCAGCUGCUUGUCAAAUGUUCCUGGGCAAGUCUGAAGCAGAAAUUACACACAUUGCUCUGGAGACCCUGGAAGGGCAUCAGAGAGCCAUCAUGGCCCAUAUGACAGUAGAGGAAAUCUACAAGGACCGUCAGAAGUUUUCUGAGCAGGUCUUCAAAGUGGCCUCGUCUGACCUGGUCAACAUGGGGAUCAGUGUGGUCAGUUAUACCCUCAAGGAUAUUCACGAUGACCAGGAUUAUCUUCAUUCUCUGGGAAAAGCCCGAACUGCUCAGGUACAGAAGGAUGCCAGGAUUGGAGAAGCCGAAGCCAAGAGGGAUGCUGGCAUCAGGGAAGCCAAGGCCAAGCAAGAGAAAUUGUCGGCCCAGUUUUUGAACGAUAUUGAGAUGGCCAAAGCCCACCGAGAUUUCGAGCUGAAGAAGGCUACUUACGACAUCGAGGUGAACACGCGGAAAGCAGAAUCAGACUUGGCCUAUCAGCUCCAGGUGGCGGUGACCAAGCAGAAGAUUGAAGAGGAGAAAAUGCAGGUCUUGGUGGUGGAGCGAACUCAGCAGAUUCAGAUCCAGGAGCAGGAGAUGAUCCGUAAAGAACGGGAGCUGGAGGCCCAGAUCAAGAAACCAGCCGAAGCAGAACGUUACCGGUUGGAGAAAUUAGCCGAGGCUGAAAGGUGUCAGCUCAUCAUGCAGGCCGAGGCAGAGGCAGAAGCCAUCCGGGUGAAGGGCGAGGCCCAGGCGUACGCAGUUGAGGCCAAAGCCCGGGCUGACGCUGAGCAGAUGUCGAAGAAGGCAGAAGCUUUUAAGCAGUAUCAAGAGGUUGCCAUGGUGGACAUGCUUUUGGAGAAGCUUCCAGAGAUGGCCGAAGAGAUCAGCAAACCGUUGGCUUCCGUGAGUAAGAUCACCAUGGUGUCGAGCGGGAAUGGAGAUGUGGGUGCCGCGAAGAUGACCGGGGAAGUGCUGGAAAUCAUGAAUAAGCUGCCUGACGCUGUUGAGAAACUGACCGGUGUUAGCAUCUCUCAGCAGAUGAAUCAGAAGAAACCAGGACGGAUGAACUGACGGCUCAGAAGGACAAAGGAAAAGUCUUCUUGAGAGUUGAACACCCAUGAAUCCUCAUCAAUGUGCACCCAUAUUUAGCGUUCCUCCUACCGGUGCCCUCCUGUGAAUGCCGAACCUUUGUUAUGGACAAGAUUGUUGCAUGCCGAUCAGUAUCAGCAAAUGCUGAGGUCUUGUUACUCUGCUGUAGCACCGUGAUAUAGCUGGUGAUGUCGCAGGUCUACCCUGUCCCCACAAUGUGUCGCAGUGUGGACCUGUGUAUACUGAUUUCCACCGUCACUUGUAAAACAGGAUCCCGUUGUUCCUUUCCUUGAUGCUGUUUUUGCUGCCUG